AUGCUUCUGCCAUUCACUUGGGCGGUGGCGGAUUUCGCUCCUGAAGGCGAUGCCCUCAUCCUGCGGUCCUGGCAGUACCUCGUCUCCGGCACGCAACUCGAUACAUGGGACACAAUCGCUCCAGCUGCAGAGACUCAAGAGGAAGAGCAAGAAGAAGCACCCGCUUCAGCUGCAGAGACUCAAGAGGAAGAGCAAGAAGAAGCACCCGCUUCUUCUGAAGAGACUCAUGAUGAAGAGCAAGAAGAAGCACCCGCUUCAUCUGAAGAGACUCAAGAGGAAGAACAAGAAGAAGCACCCGCUUCUUCUGAAGAGACUCAAGAGGAAGAGCAAGAAGAGGCACCCGCUUCUUCUGAAGAGACUCAAGAGGAAGAACAAGAAGAAGCACCCGCUUCAGCUGAAGAGACUCAUGAUGAAGAGCAAGAAGAGGCACCCGCUUCUUCUGAAGAGACUCAAGAGGAAGAACAAGAAGAAGCACCCGCUUCUUCUGAAGAGACUCAAGAGGAAGAGCAAGAAGAGGCACCCGCUUCAGCUGAAGAGACUCAUGAUGAAGAGCAAGAAGAAGCACCCGCUUCUUCUGAAGAGACUCAAGAGGAAGAGCAAGAAGAGGCACCCGCUUCAGCUGAAGAGACUCAAGAGGAAGAACAAGAAGAAGCACCCGCUUCUUCUGAAGAGACUCAAGAGGAAGAGCAAGAAGAAGCACUCGCUUCAGCUGCAGAGACUCACGAUGAAGAGCAAGAAGAAGCACCCGCUUCAUCUGAAGAGACUCAAGAGGAAGAGCAAGAAGAAGCACUCGCUUCUUCUGAAGAGACUCAAGAGGAAGAGCAAGAAGAAGCACUCGCUUCAGCUGCAGAGACUCACGAUGAAGAGCAAGAAGAAGCACCCGCUUCAGCUGAAGAGACUCAAAAGGAAGAACAAGAAGAAGCACCUGCUUCAUCUGAAGAGAGGAAAGACAAAGAAGGCGACUCCGAAGAGACUGAAGGCGAAUCGGAAGCAGGCGCUUUGUAUCCUUGCCCCGUGGAAAGCGCGUCGCUGAUCGAGGCCGACGUCGGCGAGGCCUUCGAGUCCAUCAACCUGUGGGAUGUGGCGCUGGUUCUGUACGCGCUGCAGGAGUACGAGGGCGUGUGCCUCAGGACGGACGACGUGGGGGAGCUCAGACGGCGCUUUGCGGACGAGUUAAGCAACGUGCUCGUGUCUGCGUCCCUCGAUAUCCUGGAACUCCUGCAGAAUAAGAGGCCGUACCACAGGCAAAAAGCCAAGAAGACUCAAGAGGAAGAGCAAGAAGAAGCACCCGCUUCAGCUGCAGAGACUCAAGAGGAAGAACAAGAAGAAGCACCCGCUUCAGCUGCAGAGACUCAAGAGGAAGAACAAGAAGAAGCACCCGCUUCAUCUGAAGAGAGGAAAGACAAAGAAGGCGACUCCGAAGAGACUGAAGGCGAAUCGGAAGCAGGCGCUUUGUAUCCUUGCCCCGUGGAAAGCGCGUCGGCCGAGGUCGGCGAGGCCUUCGAGUCCAUCAAGCUGUGGGAUGUGGCGGUGGUUCUGUACGCGCUGCAGCAGUACGAGGGCGUGUGCCUCAGGACGGACGACGUGGGGGAGCUCAGACGGCGCUUUGCGGACGAGUUAAGCAACGUGCUCGUGUCUGCGUCCCUCGAUAUCCUGGAACUCCUGCAGAACAAGAGGCCGUACCACAGGCAAAAAGCCAAGAAGACUCAAGAGGAAGAGCAAGAAGAAGCACCCGCUUCAGCUGCAGAGACUCAAGAGGAAGAACAAGAAGAAGCACCCGCUUCAGCUGAAGAGACUCACGAUGAAGAGCAGGAAGAAGCACCCGCUUCAUCUGAAGAGACUCAUGAUGAAGAGCAAGAAGAAGCACCCGCUUCAGCUGCAGAGACUCAAGAGGAAGAGCAAGAAAAAGCACCCGCUUCUUCUGAAGAGACUCAUGAUGAAGAGCAAGAAGAAGCACCCGCUUCAGCUGAAGAGACUCACGAUGAAGAGCAAGAAGAAGCACCCGCUUCAGCUGCAGAGACUCAAGAGGAAGAACAAGAAGAAGCACCCGCUUCAUCUGAAGAGAGGAAAGACAAAGAAGGCGACUCCGAAGAGACUGAAGGCGAAUCGGAAGCAGGCGCUUUGUAUCCUUGCCCCGUGGAAAGCGCGUCGGCCGACGUCGGCGAGGCCUUCGAGUCCAUCUACCUGUGGGAUGUGGCGCUGGUUCUGUACGCGCUGCAGGAGUACGAGGGCGUGUGCCUCAGGACGGACGACGUGGGGGAGCUCAGACGGCGCUUUGCGGACGAGUUAAGCAACGUGCUCGUGUCUGCGUCCCUCGAUAUCCUGGAACUCCUGCAGAACAAGAGGCUGUACCACAGCCAAGCAGGAGCGGGAGAGGAAAUCAUCGGGUCGCGGAGACCAAAACAAGGCGACCACCAUACCAUCGCCCGCGGCACCAUACAGAACUACGAGGUCCUUUUCGACAAGCAUGUCGCGAUCGCCAACAAGCACGGGCACGGAGGCCAGUCCCAAAACCGGUUCAUGCGCCUGGCCGAGCAGAGCAAAGCGCUGCACCUGAAGAUCAUAUUCGAGCGCAUGGCCGAGGCCUUCUACGACGAGGAGGGUCAUUGCCUGGUAGAGAAGGUCAUCAUCGCCGGGCCGGGGCCUAUGAAGAUGCAGCUGCUGGAGCACGUGCCCAAUAAGUGGGCGGGGAUUGUAGACCCGAACCCCAUCACCCUGGACCAGAUCAGCCUCUUGGGCAUGCAACAACUGUCGGAGAUGCUGAUGGAGAAGUACAAGACCGUAUCCAAGGCCGAGGAGCACCGGCAGCGGCAGAGAGAGCGGAAGGAGGAGCGGAAGGACGUGAAGGGGCGGGAGCGCGGGGGCGGCAGGAAGGACCGCCAGCAAGAGGCGAGGGAAAGGAAGAGGAAAGAGGAAGAAGAGCGACUCCUCGAGGAACAGCGCUAA